CGCGGUGCUGAAACGCGUUCGGCAGAGCGGGCCAGGCGGGGCCUGAGAAGGGGAGCAGGAGGGGCGGGCAGGCGGCGGCGCAGGCCCAGACCCAGGCCGACUUUGAGGAGGAGGCAGACUCAGCCCAUCCUGGUCUGGGCGGACACAGGCGUCUGGGAAGCAUCUCUUGCGGAGCCAAGGUUGACCUUGGCCUGCUGCGCUCCCAGCUAACUGGGAGAAUGCUCGCAUUGCGUCCUGAUCUCAGGCUGCUCCUCACCCCAGGCUGAGGACUGACCCACGACCUGGCCUUCUACUCCCUAGAUCUGUGGUCCUGCACCCAGCCAGCGCCUCUGACCUAGCCCAGCUGCCUUCGCCAUGGUGAAGUUGCUGCCAGCCCAGGAGGCCGCCAAGAUCUACCACACCAACUAUGUGCGAAACUCGCGCGCCGUGGGGGUGAUGUGGGGCACACUCACCAUCUGUUUCUCGGUGCUGGUCAUGGCCCUCUUUAUCCAGCCCUACUGGAUAGGCGACAGUGUGAGCACGCCACAGGCUGGCUAUUUUGGCUUGUUCUCGUACUGCGUGGGCAACGUGCUGUCGUCGGAACUCAUCUGCAAGGGCGGCCCUCUGGACUUCUCCUCUAUCCCCUCCAGAGCCUUCAAGACCGCCAUGUUCUUCGUGGCCUUGGCAAUGUUCCUCAUCAUCGGCUCCAUCAUCUGCUUCAGCCUGUUCUUCGUCUGUAACACAGCCACGGUCUACAAGAUUUGCGCCUGGAUGCAGCUGGCUGCGGCCACGGGCCUGAUGAUCGGAUGUCUGGUCUACCCAGAUGGUUGGGACUCCAGCGAGGUGCGGCGCAUGUGCGGCGAGCAGACGGGGAAGUAUACGCUGGGCCACUGCACCAUCCGCUGGGCCUUCAUGCUGGCCAUCCUCAGUAUUGGAGAUGCGCUCAUCCUCUCCUUCUUGGCUUUCGUGUUGGGCUACCGGCAGGACAAGCUCCUCCCAGAUGACUACAAGGCCGAUGGGAACGAGGAAGUCUGAAGCCAUGAGGUGCUGGCGAGCGACUCUACUGGCAGGUGAGUGUGCAGGGGAGAGCCUCAGGC